CAAGAAACCGAAGACCCACCAAUCAUGGCUCGCCACCGCCUCCUCCUCCUCGCCGUCGCCGCCACCGUCCUCCUCCUCCACUCCCCCCUCUCCUCGGCGGCGGCGGAGGACCCGCUCAUCCAGCAGGUGGUCGGGCGCGACGCGGAGGGCGACGAGCCGGGGCUGCUGAGCGCGGAGGCGCACUUCGCGAGCUUCGUGCAGCGGUUCGGCAAGUCGUACCGGGACGCGGACGAGCACGCGCACCGCCUCUCCGUCUUCACCGCCAACCUCCGCCGCGCGCGCCGCCACCAGCGCCUCGACCCCUCCGCGGUCCACGGCGUCACCAAGUUCUCCGACCUCACCCCGGACGAGUUCCGGGACCGCUUCCUCGGCCUCCGCAAGUCCCGCGGGGGCCUGCUCGCCGCCGGAUCGGCGCACGACGCGCCGGCCCUUCCCACCGACGGCCUCCCGGAGGACUUCGACUGGCGCGACAAGGGCGCCGUCGGCCCCGUCAAGGACCAGGGCUCGUGCGGGUCGUGCUGGUCGUUCAGUACGUCGGGGGCGCUGGAGGGCGCCAACUACCUCGCCACCGGCAAGCUGGAGGUGCUCAGCGAGCAGCAGAUGGUCGACUGCGACCACGAGUGUGACCCUGAUGAACCACGUGCAUGUGACGCUGGAUGCAAUGGUGGCUUGAUGACUACAGCUUUCAGCUAUCUUGCGAAAGCGGGUGGCUUGGAGACCGAGAAGGACUACCCUUACACUGGGGCCAGCGGCACCUGCAAGUUUGACAAAUCUAAAAUUGCUGCUCAAGUCAAGAACUUCAGUACUGUUGCUGUCGACGAAGAUCAAAUUGCAGCUAACCUUGUGAAGCAUGGCCCACUCGCAAUUGGCAUCAAUGCAGUCUUCAUGCAGACAUACAUUGGUGGUGUCUCAUGCCCAUACAUCUGCGGGAAGCAUCAGGAUCAUGGCGUUCUCCUUGUUGGCUAUGGAUCAGCUGGUUACGCGCCACUCCGCUUCAAGGAAAAGCCAUACUGGAUCAUAAAGAACUCGUGGGGCGAGAACUGGGGUGAGAGCGGGUACUACAAGAUCUGCAGGGGCGCACAUGCCAAAAACUUGUGCGGUGUCGACGCCAUGGUCUCUACGGUGACUGCCAUCCAUACCCAGAAGGAAUAGAUUCUUGCUAGUAAGCUGGAGUCCGGACUCUGGGUUGCCUGCAUGACAUAAGAUGCUUGUGAUUGUGCCAAGUAUAAUGGUAGUUACAACUAUUCUACGGUAUUACAUUGCAGUUUGUGAUCAGUAAAUAUGUGGAACCCUGUCUUUGAUUGCUGUAAUAUUCGUAUGGAUUACUAUGUAUCACUAUGACACAGUUCAUGGAACAUUGAAGUAGAAACCUGUUGCAGUCAGUAAUGUA